AAAAUGUCACUAGUGAAAGUGAAGUUGACGAGAUGGAAAUGAGAGCACAAACCGUUUGUGCGAACCUUUUGCCACCGAAAUCGAAACAAAGGAGAACCGUUUCAAGAACUGCUAAAAUGGAAGAACUGAUGUUGGCCACGGAUUUACUUGAACCUACUGCAGAGGAAGGUGAAAAUGAAGCUGCUACAGAGAAUCCAAAUCAAGAGAUUAGUGAGUUGUCAGAUGUGGAUCUGGCAAUGGAGCAUCAGGCUGAGCCCGAGCAGCAGCAGCAGGAGAAGGAACAAAAACAGGGGGAGACGGAGGUGACAGAACCUGGGGAGGUGACAGAACCUGGGGAGGAGACAGCUCCACAACAACCAGAGAUACCGGUAGCUCCAGAUGAAGAGAGCCAGGAGUCCGUGAUGGAAGAGGCGGAUGGACAGACGUCACAAGCUGUAGAUGAGACUGAGGCGAUGGAGCAGGACCAAGAUACAACUGAUUCUCAGCAAGAACCGCACUCUCAAGACCACAUUGAGGAAGAAGACCUGGUAGCAGUGCCGGAGGAGGCUGCCCAAGAUGAGCCUACGGCAGCUGCUACAGAAGACCCACCCCCUGUCCCUGAGCAGCCUGUUGUUGAGGCAGCCAUCCCUACCGACCCUCCCAAGGAUACAAUGCUACACACCCCGUCUCUCAUUGACGACUAUGUUUCUGAGUUUGACUCCUCUGCUCCUGUCAAGAAAGAAGAGCCCAGCUCUGUUGAGCCCCCUCCACCAACAGCUGUUGCUACACCGACUGCUACGCCUCACACUCCCAGCCUGCCUACACCCAUUGAACAAGCAAACAAGCCUGUGGACGAGCUCAAGACCUUGAAAACCGAGGUUGGUGAAGCGGAUGCACUGGUAACCCUAGCGUCUGCAGCCUUGGGUUGUGACCAGGCGACCAAUGGUAUCAAGCAAGUUGAGGAUGUUCCACUGAAACGAGAACCAGUGUGGUGUGAUGUGGGAAUCAUCAAAGGUACUUCAUUUUUGGUGAAGAGCUUCUACGACCCCUCGACAUUCGAGGAUCCAGAUCAUCCUGACAUUACUGUAGACAAUCUGCCAGACUACACAGGAGCUCUCAAACUGGACCUGGAGCCUGGGACAGCUUACAAGUUCAGGGCAGCCGCCAUCAACACCUGUGGCAGAGGCCCUUGGAGUGAGGUAUCUGCAUUCAAGACCUGUCUGCCUGGGUUCCCAGGAGCCCCAUCUGCCAUCAAGAUAUCCAAGUCUGCUGAAGGAGCUCACUUGUCUUGGGAACCACCUUCCUCCUCUUCUGGCAAGAUUAUUGAAUACUCUGUCUGUCUGGCUGUGAGACAAGCCACCACCAACCAACAGGGUGACACUAAAACAGUAAACAGUACACCAACACAGCUUGCAUUUGUGCGAGUGUACUGUGGGGCACAGAACCAGGCUGUGGUACAGAACACGUCUCUAGCUGCUGCUCACAUUGACAUGACUACCAAACCCGCUAUCAUCUUCAGGAUUGCAGCCAAGAAUGAGAAGGGUUAUGGACCUGCCACUCAAGUCAGAUGGCUCCAAGAUGUGCCUCCAGCUGGUGGUCCAACAAAGCCAGGUCCUAAACGUGACGUUAAUCUUGGCAACUCUCCUCAGAAAAGGUUCAAAACAGGAAGUUAACCAUGCCAAUCUUAAAAAUGUCUUAAUAAAAGUAAAAUAUUUAUUGAAGUAAGUCAAGA